AGUGGGAUGCUGGGUGCAGACAGAUUCUGUGAACAAUCACAAUGGGAAGCAAAGGAGGAUUCAUCCUGUUCCUGCUGGUCCUGGCUGUCCUCUGCCAUUCUGAUCAUAGCCUGACAUGCUCCAUCUGUACUGAACCAGAGCAUGACUGCAAUAAGACCACCACUUGUUCAGUUAAUCUUGAUGUGUGUCUUUUUGUCAAAGCUGAGCCAAAACUUCUUUACCACCAGUGUUGGAAGUUUAAUAAUCAAAAUUACAAGUAUAUUUCAAAAGCCUUAGGGCUUAAGAAGCUUGAGUACCGCUGCUGCCCGCAGGACCUGUGUAACAGAAAUGCUGGUGCGAGUGUCUCCGGGAAGAUGGCUCUGCUGGCAACCCCACUGUUAGCAGUAGCCUAGACUCUUAGUCUCUAAAUCAACACCAGGAGGCCUUCUCCUAAAUUUUCCAUAUCUGGAUAUUCCUUAUUUCCUUUGCCGCUGCAUUCCAAAGGCUAUUUUUCACCUGGAUCCUGUUGGG